CUCGCCGUGUCUCGUCCACGCGCGACACGGAUAGGUCGUCUACACGAGUACAACGCUAUACAACGCGGACAGAAUGACGGUCUCUGGAAUGUCGGCUGCAUCGGCCUUGUUUUUCUUAAGAAUGCGUAUGCACGCCCCCCUCCCAUUCAGAUCUUAUCAUGGCAGCCCCGUGGCCCCGCCUGCCUUCCUUCCUCCUUCCCUGCCUCCCUCACAUACAUACAGACAGACAGACAGAGAGCACGUGUUCAUCAGACCACUCCUGUUGCCACAUGAGGCCCGCCAUCUUCCCCUAACUCCUCGUCUCUUGCCUCUUCUCGGUCUGCUGGUGCUUCCCCCCCACCGCUGUCUUCUCCCUCCUGUUCAGCCCCGUUGCCUUGGCCACUUGUGUCGUUGGCUGUUGUCGUGCCGCCCGAUGGCUCACCCGACUCGAUGGCUUCUCGCAGUGCCUUCCUGGCGUAGCUAAAGAGGGAGACAGGGAGCAGCAAGGCAUGCGCAGUCAAGGCUUACGCCUACCGUGUGAUGAGGUACACCUGCGUCGAGAGACACAAACAAUGGAUUGAUGGUUGUGUUUGGGGUGUGUGCGUCAUCCUUCGUCUUACCGCAAUGACUGUGGCCAGGAGUCCGACAGUGAUAACGACUGUGUUGAUCACGUCCCCACUCCCGCCCCCUGCGUCACGUGUACCAGACACAUGGGCAGCUGUGCAUAUGUGGCCGGCUCCCAUGGAUGCUCACCGUCCGAGAAAAUCGCCGGAAUGGCACCGAUAUAUACGUAGAGAGCUGUGCCGGGAAUGAUGGCGAUCGUCCCUGUUCCAGAAUGAACAGACAACAUAACAGCGUUCAUGGAGACAUACAAGAAACCGAAUGAAACCACCCACCAAUGGCGUAAUCCUUGUAUCGGCUGCUCGUACCGCCCUUCAACCACAACAACAACAGCAACACAGCAGUAGAAGCAACAGCAGCAGCAAUGGACACUAGUCAUCAUGCAGCUCAAAGUGACCGCCCACCAUGACGUAAUUGAAGGCACUGAAGGGCACGACAGGCGAGAGCCUCAGGAGAAAGUUGAUCUUGAGCCCCUGCGUCUCGAAGACGUUGUCGAUCGCCUUGAUGACGCGAAACUUGUUGACUAAAGACUCAACGAAAUCCUUCAAAACGAAUCGCCCGCCCAGGAAAGCCAGCUGCGCCCCCAUGAAGGCACCGAUAAACACGGCAGAGAUGGCAAGAGGAAGCUGAGACACAUGCGAGGUCGGAGAGACGUCGAUCCAUUCAUGUGUCUCCUGUAUAAGCAUGGAUUGCCAGACGCUCUCACCCCCACACCGAUGCCCAACGCGCUGACGAAGGUGAAUCCAGCACCUGCAUACAAAAUGCCAUCGGGGAAGAAGGAAGAAUGCAAAUUGUGCGGUAUGCAUACCGACCAAGAGUGAGGAUGCUGCCGGGAAGAAAUCCCACUGUCGCCACCAUAUAGACCACAACAAAUACCGCCCACCCAGGGCCUGGAUUGUCCUCCACCCGUUCGAGAAAAGACCUCACAGCGUUCACCAUAUGCUUCGACUGCAUGACAUUAAAGCAAGUGUCGCAGCUGCUGACCGACCGACAGUCGCGACAUAAUACGCCACAUACCGUCAGGGAAUCAAUGACAACAGCGAUUAUCAUGAUGAUCAUAAUAGCCAGAAUGAGCAGCUCUGAAAGAGAAACCAGCCGACCAUAAGGUCGUCUGAUGGCGCAAGUCUCCUCACUUACUUUUCCAUGACACAAAAACCCACUCUCUCCAGGUGCGUUUGGCCUUGGCUUCGGUCGCCUCCGUCCUUUCCUCUUCGCUCUCGAUAUGGGCGGAGUCUGGAUGCUCCGUGCUCAUCUGUUGCAGACAGAGAGAUACAGCGCACAUGCGCAUGACCCAUGAGCUGAUCUCUCAAUGUGCCGGUUACCUCUGCUUCUAGCUCUGAGAGCACAAUCAAGGGAACAUCAGCCGCAACAGGUCAUGGGAUCGAAGGACAGUGGUGCAUGACUGAUGGCUGAAACAUGUACCUGGAUUUGGCAUCCCCUCCUGUUCGCUCUUGUGCACCUUCUUCAUGAACGGCUGUGUGGCCACGCACGCCGGACAACGAACGAAAUCGAUGUAUUUUCACCCUUCCUUUCCGAUCCCGGCUGACCUUCAUAAGCCGCUGGCACCACUCACAGUUUGACAUAUUCAGGAACACCACAAACUGCAUGAACCAAUGACCACACCAACCAACGGGCUGGAACGUGGGCUUGGUGCUUUUCUCGUAGUCCUUUCUUACCGGCUGGGCGCCGUUGACAACGCGAUGCGUGCGUGCGUUCGCCAUUGCGUGUUUGGGAGGGGGGGAG